AUGGCUGCGACCGUGUCGUGGGGCUCCUGCCUGUUCGUUCAUCUUUUAAUAUUUGGAUGGUAUGUUUUCACGCUAUGGGCCAACUGCACAGUGAUCAGUACAGAAAGACACCCGGGAGCGAAAACAUACGGGGGCCGAUGGAAAUAUCUGACUUUCAUCAAUCUGGUCAUGCACACUGUGUUCUUCGGACUGUGUGUAUUCAUUGACAUCGUCCACUUGGUGCUCUCAGCCAAAGCGUUGCGUGGUGGGCUCCCAUCUCUGCUGGUUAAAUUAAGGGACAUCACAUUUACUGUUCUAGCUUUCCCAGUCGGCACAUUUGUAUUUUCUUCUUUCUGGUCCAUAUACGCCUAUGACAGGGAGCUGGUGUACCCAAAGUUCCUCGAUGAUAUUAUACCUGUCUGGUUGAACCAUGCCCUGCACACCAUCAUCGUUCCCCUGCUGUUUGUCCAGAUGUACAUUCAGAAUCAUCAAUAUGUUAGCAAAGUGAAAGGCGUCCUGGGCCUCGCAAUCUUUGCUUUACUCUAUCUGUCGUGGGUCCUCUGGGUGCACCAUGUCUCAGAUAUUUGGGUGUAUCCCAUCAUGGCCAAACUGAGCCCUGUGGGCCUUGUUCUGUUUUUCGGAGCUGCUGCUCUCACCAUGGCUCCUCUCUACCUGCUCGGAGAGAAGAUCAGCCGUAAAAUCUGGGGCAAUGCAGGGCCUCAAAAGAAAAAGAAGAAGUAAGACUAUGCUGGUGGGCAAGCUGAGGGAAAUGGAAGGGACCAGCAAGGGUUGUGUUAUGCAAGGACCUGACAAAUGGGGACGGAGCCACAGCACUGACUACCUCUCCAAGGACACAGAGGCAGAUGGAAAGAUCUCAGGCAACACAACUGGGCAAGCAAACUCUGCAUCCAGAGACAAUGUGAAACCAUCAUCUUAAAGUUUUGUCACAGACACCAACUUACUGACAUCCAGUUUACGAUGUGAAGUCAGCCCAUUCUCAAUAGGUCUUUGUUGUUUUCCUUAAUGGAGCAGACUUGCACUGACAUGGCUGCAUACACUACAUGUAAGAUGUGUGAUGCCACUAUUUGUCUCCCUUGUUAUUCCACUAGUUUUAUCAUUAUGCUGAUUUUGUCGAUACUGUAAACAUUUAUGUGAAAGGGACCUUUCCAAAUGUGCACUUGCUAUUUUUGCCUUGAUUUAAGGCUUUCAGAUGAAUUAGAUUUAUGAUGUAACUGUAAAAAAAAUUGAAAGCUAUCAGUGAAUUUUUUUUUUUUUGCUCUACUGGCUGAUAGUUGUUGACCAGAAGAGAGUGAUAUCCAGUUUCCUAUGCUCAACCCUGAAAUAAAAAAAAAAAGA